AUGGCUCAUGCAUUUGUAUGGAGCCAUGCAGAGGUCACCAACUUCACAAUCCGGUGGCAUCCAAACCAGGACCUGGAGAACAGAAAGCUCGUUCAUCCCUGCACGCAGAGUGGGAGUGUCGAGCCCGUCCUAGGCAAGUCACUGAGGAAUAGUGUGAUGGAGCAGCGGUACCCGCGGAGCUCCAUCGAGGAUGACUUCAACUACGGCACCAACGUGGCCUCGGCCAGCGUCCACAUCCGCAUGGCUUUUCUACGGAAAGUCUACAGCAUUCUUUCCAUUCAAAUUCUUCUGACCACAGUCAUAUCUGCAAUUUUUCUGUACUCUACUGGAGUGAAGGCAUUUGUUCUUGAAAGGCCUGCCUUGGUCUUGAUACCUUGGAUUGGAUCUUUGGCUGUAAUUGUGGCACUGGGCUUCUACAGUCACAAGCAUCCUGUUAAUUUAUACCUCCUUUUUGGAUUUACCCUGCUGGUAGCACUGUCAGUUGCCUUUACAGUGAGUUUCUUUGACGUGUCCGUCGUCUUGCAAGCCUUUCUUCUUACUACUGCUGUGUUUCUUGGACUGACUGCAUAUACCUUGCAGUCAAAGAGAGACUUCAGCAAAUUUGGAGCAGGCCUCUUCACUUGUUUGUGGAUUUUAAUCUUCUCAAGUUUAUUGAGGGUGUUUUUUUACAGUGAGACAAUAGAGUUGGUGGUUGCUGCUGCUGGUGCUCUUCUGUUCUGUGGAUUUAUUAUUUAUGACACUCAUUUGCUGAUGCACAGAUUGUCCCCUGAAGAGUACAUACAGGCUGCAAUCAAUCUCUACCUAGACAUCAUCAAUCUCUUCCUACACCUGCUGCGUGUACUGGAAGUAUUUAAUAAAAAAUAG